CCUCAAUAACAGAGGCAAGCGCCACCUAUCACCCCGAGUGUGGUUUUACCCUAUUCCUUGUAUAUAUCUGAGACUAUCAUCUCCCGCAUCCGUCGACUCCAAACCGUCCUCUCCAGUCAUGUCUGACUCCUUGCUUGAUAUCCGUCGUGCUGGCGUUGAGGCCAAAAGGGCUCACGACCACAAGGCCAAGUGGGCGUACGGCAGCCGUUCUACCCUGCCUCGUUAUAGCCAAACUGUCCACUCUCAUGUCUUGCACAAGGCUAGGCCGAGGUUGCCAGCUACUCAUUACACAACCUUGACACGCCAGAUGCGGUUCCAGCGAAAGGCUGAAACCAACCAUCAUCUCAGCGACGCCAAGAUCGCCCUGCGCGCUGACGUCCGUGAGGCUCUCGACAGUGGAACGUCGGAUUCUUCCAGCGAUGACAUUGAUGACCCUGCCGCGGCGGAGAAGAUUAUCGAUGAUGCUGAGGGGAAGGAUACGCUGCGUGACUAUGAUGUGGCGGGCCAGACUAUACUCUCUGAUGCUGUGAGCAAGGCUGUCGAGAAGUUCGAGACGAAGGAGACAGAGCGGAUUGUCAAGGAGUACGAGAUGAUCUCUUAUGAGGGUGAGACAGCCCUGGGCUACAUGGCUGACGACGAUGACUUUGAGCUGGUCGAUCGGAUCAAGCUAUGACACGUCUGUUGCUUCCUCUUCUCAUUUUGUGCUUUCGGCGUCGAUAUCCCUAACCACGGUCCUUGAUUCUGGCGUUGGACACAGACUGAUCACUGAUUCAUUUUGACAUUUCUGCAUGUUGUACAUCACUUCGCGCCUG